UUUAUUUUCAUAACAGCAUGCAGUGCUGUGGAACUGGAAUAGGCGUGUCCUUUCCCCCUGACCCUCUCCCGCCCCGUGUCCCUCUGCUCACCCCUCGCUCACUCCCUCCCUCCGGCGACAGCCGCCUUUAUAACUGCUCGGCGCCGCGACGGCGGGAUCGCUGUAACGGGCUCCCCAGCACCUAGGGGCUCGGUCCUGCCUCUAACGCGCGGGAAGCAGCGCGAGUUCAAGCGCCAAAGCCAAGGCACAGGGACCAGAAUGACCACCGUCCCUCCUGGUUGCCGCGAGAACCUGAACCCCAGGUACUACCGACUUUGUGAUCAGAAUGCAAUCUGGGGCAUCGUCCUGGAAGCGUUGGCCGCCGUUGGCGCUGUCACCUCGGUGGCCUUCAUGCUAGCUCUGCUGGUCCUCAUCUGCAAGGUGCAGGACUCCAACAGGCGAAAGGUGGUGCCGGUCCAAUUUCUCUUCCUCCUGGGUGUGCUGGGGGUCUUCGGCCUCACCUUCGCCUUCAUCAUCACCCUGGACAAUAGUACGGGACCCACACGCUUCUUCCUCUUUGGCAUCCUCUUCUCCCUCUGCUUUUCCUGCCUCCUGGCUCACGCUUUGAACUUGACGAAGCUGGUCCGUGGGAGGAAGCCCCUCUCCUUGCUGGUGAUGUUGGGCCUGGCUGUGGGCCUCAGCCUGGUGCAGGACGUCAUCGCUAUUGAGUAUGUCGUCCUCACCAUGAACAGGACGAACGUGGCAAUCUUCUCUGAGCUUCCUCCCCCUCGGCGCAAUGAAGACUUUGUCAUGUUGCUCAUCUACGUCCUCUUCUUGAUGGUGCUGACCCUCCUCACAUCCUGCUUCACCUUCUGUGGGUCCUUCACUGGCUGGAAGAGACACGGGGCCCACAUCUACCUCACCACACUCCUCUCCAUCGUCAUCUGGGUGGCAUGGAUCACGCUCUUGCUCACCCCUACCCCUGGCCCCGAGUGGGAUGAUACCAUCCUCAGCUCAGCCGUGGUGGCCAAUGGUUGGGUCUUCCUGUUGGUUUAUGUGGCACCCGAGUUUCAGCUGCUCACAAAGCAGCAGAACCCCAUGGAUUAUCCUGUGGAGGAUGCUUUUUGUAAACCUCAAUUCAUGAAGCAGAGCUAUGGUGUGGAGAACAGAGCCUACUCUCAAGAGGAAAUCACUCAAGGUCGAGAAGAGCUAGGUGAUACGCUCUAUGCCCCGUAUUCCACCCAUUUUCAGCUGCAGAAUCGGACCUCCCAAAAGGAUUUCUCCAUUCCGCGGGCCCAGACUCGGGCUAGCCCUUACAAUGACUACGAAGGAAGGAAAACCGGCAGUUAGCUGUUCUGAAGAGUGGAACAAACCCAGCGCAUCAGUAGAACCAGUGGGGAGUUCGAAGGGAUGUGGGCUAAUGCCUGAGUCUUCUAAGGAAACUGUAUGAAACAUCACGGGAAGACCGGGCCUCCCUGCCAGCCUCAACCACUGUUCUUCUGUUCUGGAGUUGCUGUGGACUAAUAAGACUGUAGUUUAUCCUUUGUUCCAUACUUAGGAUGCUUCUUCUAAGUGGGAGUCUCAGGCAACUCAGGGUAGCCUCUUACUGUUCCCGGUUACUUUACACGUGACUAAAGCUCUGGUCAUCUGACCGUGUACUGGGUCAUUCAGCUUCAGGAGCCAACUCGUCUAUUCAACACUGGUUUUGUGAGGAUCGCUUGACCCAGAGCAGAACUACAAAUCUCACCCCGCCCUGCCUAAGUCUACACUGGAAGCCAACUUACUGGCACUCUUCCUUCUUGCCUGGGUAGGAGAGGCUACAGGUCACCCUAAAUUUACUCAUCUGUAUGGUGCUGCCUAACACGGGGCCUCUGUGGGUCCCCAGCACCAAUUCACAGGUCCCCCCCCUCCUUGCAUCA